AUGAUGCUGCCAUUGCUGGCCGUUUCGGCCUUUGUCUCCCUCGGUGCCGCGCAGACCUAUACCAGCUGCAAUCCUACCAACACAACUUGUGACCCCGACACAGGCCUGAAGAAAUGGAGCCUAUCCACCGAUUUCACCCAGGGCAGCUCCGAUGUAUGGACUGCCAUCUCAGGCAAUGUCACCUACGGCAGCAACGGAGCCGAAUUCACCAUCAACAAGCGGUACGAUGCGCCUACGCUUGAGACCAACUUUUACAUUUUCUUCGGCGAGGUCGAGGUCGUCAUGAGAGCAGCCAAUGGUACCGGCAUCGUCAGCUCCAUCGUCAUGGAGUCAGAUGAUCUGGACGAGAUUGACUGGGAAUGCACUGGAACCGACACUACUCAAAUAGAAACCAACUACUUUGGCAAAGGCAACACGACCACGUACGACCGUGCCAUCUGGGAGACCGUCAGCACCCCCCAGGACGAAUUCCACACGUACAAAGUUGUCUGGACCGCUGCAGCCAUCACCUGGUACAUUGACGGGACCGCCGUGCGCACCCUCGAAUAUGCCGAUGCCGUCGACGGGAAGAACUACCCGCAAACACCCAUGGUCGUGAAGCUGGGCAUCUGGGCCGGAGGCGAUUCGUCUAACAGCGAGGGAACGAUCGAGUGGGCCGGUGGCGAGACGGAUUACGACGAUGUCCCUUUCACGAUGUAUGUGAAGUCGGUCAACAUUAUCAACUACAACCCUGCAGCCUCAUACAACUACACCGACAAGACGGGCUCGUAUACCAGUAUUGUGGCCUCGAAUUCGACUACCGGUGGUGGCAUCCAUAGCUCGAACUCGGUCAGUGUGUCCGCUUCUUCGUCUUCUAUCUCCACCUCUACGUCUUCUAGAGCAUUGAUUGCUGCGACGAGUACUUACGCGGCCUCUGUGCAGACCUCGAGCAGUGGAGUUGUUAGCUCGUCUUCUUCGUCUGCUUCCUCUUCUUCCUCGGCUGCUGCUGCAUCCAGCUCGGGUAGUACUUCAGCCGUGUUCACCGGUGCUGCUGUGGCCAAUCUGCCCUCGUUCUUUUUUACUGUUUUCUUCGCACUAGCUAUCGCACUUGCUUUCUAA